AGCGUUCGGGACGGUGUGGUGUGGUGUGGAUGUGUGAUACGGUUUUUGGAUUCGACAGUCAUAAUUUUCACAUUGGCAGUGUUAGUCGUUGUUUCUGGCGUAUAUGUUCGAAACCGAAAUAACCAACCUAAACACAACUGUCUCUUGUUAUAUACCAUACCAAGCGGAAAAGUAAAGUAAGCAAGAAAAAAUACAGAGAAGAACCGAUCAAGAGAUUCUUCUUAAGUUGUCGACGUUUACGAUUUACAUAGUGUUUGUUCUCAUCGCAUUGGCAUUAGCCAUCCGUUGUUUUUGAAAAAAAAUUCAUUUUAUCUUUGUUGUUUGGUUUCGGUGAAAUCAAUCGGCGAGCAGAAACCGAACGAAGAAAAAAUUCAUUUUGUGCCGGACAAUCAGGAAUAAUUAGAAGCAACCGAAGAAAAAAGUGUUACAUAGUGCAAAAUAUAAUCAACAACGCGAUAACCCCGCAACAAAUCGACGUGGAGCAGUAACGACGAAAAUCAAGUGCAAUUCCGUUUUUGUGUGCUUGGACUAAGUGUGUGUGCACAGAAUUUCUCUCAAUCGGUUCUGACGUAAAAAAUCCAAAGAAGUUUCAAUACUUUUUUCAAAAAAAUAAAAAACAAACACAAGUUAUAAAGCAGCAAGUGUAACAAUAUAAGUACAUCAAAAGGGCAUAAUAAUGGCGGUGAACGUGUAUUCAACAAAUGUUACAUCAGAUAAUUUGUCGCGGCAUGACAUGCUGUUGUGGGUAAACGACUGUCUGAAUGCACAGUUUGGAAAAAUCGAAGAGCUUUGCACAGGGUCGGCCUACUGUCAAUACAUGGACAUGCUGUUUCCGGGUUCGGUGCCGAUGAAACGCGUCAAAUUCCGUACAAAUUUGGAACACGAAUACAUUCAGAAUUUCAAGAUUUUACAAGGUGCAUUCAAAAAGAUGAACGUCGAUAAGAUAAUUCCCGUGGAUAAAUUGAUAAAGGGCCGUUUCCAAGAUAAUUUCGAAUUUUUGCAAUGGUUCAAAAAGUUUUUCGAUGCAAAUUAUGAUGGUCGAGAGUAUGAUCCGCUGGAGGCACGUUUUGGCAUACCAUUGGGUACUGGAGCCAUUCAAAACGAACUCGGCACUGGUAACAUAUGCACCGAAGUGACUCAGAAACGUCAAAUACCGCGUCAAACACCACGACGUCCCGGCGCAACCAGAGGAAUAGCUAAGGCAACUCCACGAACGGUAACACCGCCAACGGCCCGAGUACCACCAACGGCUGCAUCGAAACCGGGCGUCAACAAGGGCUCCACCGAAAAUAAUAGCCACAACAAUUCGGCGCUGAAUGCCCAAGUCGAUGAUCUGACAAAUCAGGUGACCGACUUGAAAUUGAACUUGGAAGGACUCGAGAAAGAGCGUGAUUUCUAUUUCAGUAAAUUAAGAGAUAUUGAAAUUUUAUGCCAAGAGGAUGAUGACGAACCUUCGCCAUUAGUUCAAAAAAUUCUAGACAUUCUCUACGCUACAGAGGUAGAUAUUCCAACAUCUUUGGAUGGUUUCGCACCUCCCGAUGAGAUUCCACCAGAAGAUGAAGAAUAUUAGAUAACAAAAAAUCCCAUCCUAAAUAAGAAACGUCAACAAAAACAGCAAAAUCUCCCCCAGUUUGAUUGCAUUAUUUUCUUUUCGAUCUGCAGUAAAAACAGAAAAAAAAAUCAAAACAAAAAAGCCCACAUUGCACCGACUAAAAUAUUCAUUUAGCCAUUGCUGCCUUCCAAAAAUCUGGGAACCCGAGUGAAUGGACAUGUUUUUUUUUCACCUCCAAUUCUGUUUUCGAUGGAAGAAAGAAAAAAAAAUGAACAACCAAGAAGAACAAACAUGAAUCAAACUGAAGUGCACUAAAAAUCUAAUAUUCUAAUUUUUCACUCUUUUUUUUCUUCUCUUGUUAUGAUAAAAUCGUUAAAAGAGAACACAUGGAACCAAUCAAGUGUGAAUCACAAUACAUUUUUAAAUGAAAAAAAAAAUUUUAAUGUGAAAAAUUGUAACAAAAAAUAUCAAUUUAAAACACACACAAAAAAACAAGAAACAACCGCUUGAAUCAAAUAUCCAGUGUAAAUCUAAUAAGAUGAUAAUCAUAAAUCUAACAGCAACAACAACAACAGAAGAAAGAUACAACAAAAUAUUAACUAAUCUAUCAGCCAUAAAAUGAGUAUUUUUCUCAAUUUAAUAUCGCAAAGAAACAAACAACAACUGAAGAAAAAAAAUAUUAAAAAAACCAACAUUUCUCUUUACUUUUUAUUAAAUAUAUCCAGCAUGAUUAUUCUUAAUGAUUUUCCUUCCCCUUUUUUUUGUAUUUAUGUAUUAGUUUGGUAUGAGAAAGAAAAUAAAAUUAAAUGGCGAAAUAAAAUUAGAAAAUGGCAAACCAACCGAAGAAAAAAAAAACACACACAAAUUUGUUAUGUGAAUGGCAUGUUUUUGCGAUUGUUACUUUUAAAACAAAAACACAACUUUAAAGUCCUAAAUGUCGCAACGAACAAACAGAAGAACAAGAAAAAAAGAAUAAAAAACACAAUGAGUUUGAAUCUAUCAAAGAAGCAUUAAGUUCGCUUCGGUGCUGCUCGAUAUUUUGAGAUAAGCAUCGGUCAAAUCACACUCGAAACUAUGAAGAAUAUUAUAAUAAGCAAAAAGAGAAAAUCCCGAUUUUUUAAGCUUUUUUCGUCAUGACAGUGAUGUGAGAUUGUGUGUAAAAAAAAACAAAUCCAAGAACUCUGAAUGGAGAGAAUAAACUAAAAAGUUGUUUUAGAGAACGUGAAA